CACGAGCGCUGGACAGUAGAGAGUGGUAGGUGCUAAAUCAAGGGGCAUAUUCGUAUGCGAAUCCUUCAUCACCACCGUUAUCUCCAUGGAGAAUUAGAAUCCACCCGCUGACAAUCGCAGUCCUCUCAGAAGAAGUCACACCCCGCUACGAAGAAAACACCGAUUCCCCCGUCCCAUUCUUCCAUCUCCUCGAGCGCCUGAAGACCACGAAGCGAGCAGGCUGGCGCCGCUUCGGUAUCAACAAUGCCGAAUCCAUCUCCGACCACAUGUACCGAAUGAGCAUAAUCACCAUGGCCGCGCCCGCUUCCCUCACCUCGAAGCUUGACAUUGCGAAAUGCACACGAAUGGCGCUGAUCCACGACAUGGCGGAGUCACUCGUCGGCGACAUCACCCCAGUAGACGAUGUCCCGAAGGAAGAGAAGAGUAGGCGAGAGGCGGAGACCAUGGACUACAUCUGCGACACAUUGCUUGGGAAAUUCAACGGCGGUCUCAACGGCAAGGAGAUCAGGAAGAUUUGGCAGGAGUACGAGGACAGCGAGACACUUGAGAGCAAAUUCGUCCAUGACGUCGACAAGAUCGAGCUUCUCCUGCAGAUGUUGGAGUACGAGCGAUCGCACCCAGAGGCCGAGCUUGGGGAAUUUACGUGGGUUGCAUCGAAGAUUGAGUCUGAGGAGGUCAAGGCAUGGUCUGAUCACGUUUUCAGCGAGCGGACAGCUUUGUUCAAGAGCCGCGGCAAAGAAGCGAAGUGGAAUCUUCCCAAGAAGUCCGAGUGAGGGGAGGACGAAGUCGCAUCGAAAUAGCCAUGGAUAGUGGCAUAUGAAAGCGGGGAGUCAUUCUUUAUGUUUUAACGAGGAUCAUGAUGGAUGCAUUCGUGGCGUCAAGCAAGACAUAGAUUUCGUAAGCGUCAAGCAUCAUAAUUCCCACGAAAUGAGCAAGCGUUUGAUUAGCGCCUUUCAUGGUUUCUUAAACGCGCACCGUGUGCAGCAUUUACUCGAU